UCACUAUACUGCGCACAAGGGUUAGCCGCGAGCUCAUUUGAUUUCACAGCGAGAGAUCAUGGCGGCGGUUCGCAGCCUGCGGGUGUCUGUAAAGUCCGAUAGCGCGUCCGAUCGGUCAGAGUCAGACUCGGAAUCAGACUCCGAUCGAGAUGCCCGUGAAGCGGAACCCAUGGAGGUGGAUGAGGGAGAACUGGAGUCCAUUUCCGUUAACCGAAGUUUAAAGGAACUGUUGCCGGACACCAGCAGACGGUAUGAAAAUAAGGCUGGUACAUUUAUCACUGGAAUUGAUGUCACUUCUAAGGAGGCCAUUGAGAAGAAGGAGAAGCGAGCAAGAAGAUUUCAUUUUCGAGCAGAGGAGAAUCUGUUGCAGAGAAAUGUCAUCUUGGACAGGGAGGUGGUGAAGGAAGCUAUCCCAAAGGUGCGACUGGAAGCCCUACACAUGAGUGGAGUAGAUGACAUGAGCACUCAAGAUAUUUUUGGCUACUUUAAAGAGUAUCCACCUGCCCACAUUGAGUGGAUAGAUGACACUUCCUGCAACGUGGUGUGGCUAGACGACAUCACUCCAGCCAGAGCUCUCAUUAACUUGAGUCGGAUGCCAGACAAAGAAGAGGUCACAAACGCAGACAGCUCGAAACCCUCUGAACCUCCAGUCCAGCCACAGAAAGCACAACGAAACCGUGGCUCUGAUGAUGAUGAGGAGGAGGAAGGCGAGGUAGAUGAUGAUGAAGUGGUGAAAGCAGACAAGAGCAAAAGUAGUGAUGGCAGUGAGGGUAAGGCUAGCGACAUUGAAGAGGAGACAGAGAAGAAGACACAGGAAACCACAGAGACAGACCUGCUAUCCCAGACAGAGAGAGAAUCUCUUUUUCGGAACGAUCUGCGACCCACAAUCAAGCCCUUCAAAGGCAACAAGCUGUUCUUGCGCUUUGCCACCCAUGACGACAAAAAGGAGUUAGGUGCGGCCAGGAGAAGUCGGUACUAUAUGAAAUAUGGGAAUCCAAAUUAUGGCGGCAUGAAAGGCAUCCUAAGUAACUCCUGGAAACGGAGAUAUCACACGCGGAGAAUCCAGCGUGACGUUCUGAAGACCAAAAAGUCUCUCAUUGGAGACAGCAUGGGACACACCCCACCAUACACUCAUCGACAUUCGGCUGACCUGGUAAACCUGCCAGAAGAUCCAAUAACAGAAGAGGAGGAGGAAGAGGAAGAAGAUGCAGAAGAGGACAUGGAUGCUGAUGAUAGAGUGGUGGAGUACAGAGAACGAGGAGAAAAGGAACGGGGUGAAGGGGGUCUGCGCAGUCGCUUAGGAGACCCGUCACCUGGCUCUUCAGAUUCAGAUGAGAUGGACUAUGACCUGGAACUGAAGAUGAUCUCUACACCCUCCCCCAAAAAGAGCAUGAAGAUGACCAUGUAUGCUGAUGAGGUGGAAACCAACCUUCGCAGUCUUCGAAACUCUAUACAGAGUGACACAAGUAGCAGUGUUAAGAGUCGCAUUGGUAGUAGUGGUGAUGGUGGAGGAGGUGGCUCAUCCAAAUCUACAUCGGACAAAGUGACAGAUGUGAGGCAGUUACUGGAGGAGAAGAGGCAGGGACUCUCUCAACCGAGAUCACACCCCCCAGUGGUGGCUUCUAGUGGCAAGACUGAUGUGAGACGAAGAUUAGGCAAGAGGCCACACUCUCCAGAAAGACAACAAUCUGUGUCUCCCAUCAUAUCUAGGAGUGCAGUUUCUCGGAGAGAGCCUUUGACAGAUGUGCACAGCAGACUUGGCGUGGCUAAACAUGAUAGCCGUGGUCUCUACUCAGAGUCUUCAAAAGAUAAGAAAACAGGGGGCUUGUGGAGUCGCCUCGGCCCAUCACACAAGGACGGUAGCGAUGAUCGAAAGGUUACUUCUCGAGCGUCCUCCUCAAGAAGAGAGAUAAGACGACAAGAUGACGUGGAAUCUGAUGGAGUUGACGAAGACGAUGAUGAAGAGGACGACUCUCAGCUGCAGAAGAUGUGGGGAGCAAUGAUCAAACAGAAGGAGCAGCAGUCCAACAAGAUGAAGAAAAGCCGACUGGACAACCUGCCCUCGCUGCAGAUCGAGAUCAGUCGAGACAGCAGCAACAGCUCGGACAGUGACUCCUGAGUGACUCCCGCUGUAGGUGGAAGUGUGGGAAAUUAUGGCGUACAAGAUAAAGUGGAAGAGAGUUGGAGAACAUCUCUGAGAGACUGGACUAAGAGACCCUGACAUAUAUACUUAAACAUUCCCACACUCCCACCUCUUGCCUCUCUAUUGACUUUGCAGAUGUUCUCCUUUGGUCUCCCUCCAAGAAAUUUAGAGGACAGACUACAUUUUUGUUUUGUCAUUUCAAAGAAAGGGCAGUGAUGAGAAAGCCCUUGCGUUUGUUUUUCUUCAAAAGAAAAUGUUGAGAUUGGUUUUAUUUAACUAACUGAGGGCCCAUUUUUAAUAUAUGGUGAUGCACCAGGUUGAUUAAAAAAAACAAACAGUCCCAUGAUUUGAUUUAGUGACUGGAAUAGCAAGCGAUGUAAAUUGGUGUCUAUUAGCAAUACGGUUUUUUAAUAUUGUUCGUGUCAAUAAGUUAAUGGAUGGUUGGGUUAUAUUCAUGUUACAUUACUAAGACUGUCCAAUCACUGUGGGUUUGAUGCAGAGACAGUAAUUUUGUUUCUCUGGUGCAAGCCGUAUUAUUGCAAAGACCGGACCUGGAUGGAUUAAUGCUUUAAUUUACUCAGCCCUGUGAGAGGGGCACAUACUGUAGCCAGUUUAAUGAUCAUUUUCCCAACACAAAAUGGUCUACAUUCCCUAAAUAUAUGUGAUCAGUGAAAAGAUUUCAUGAGGAAAAAGCAUUGUAUGUUAAAUAAACAUGUUUUUUUUAUUAUUUAUAUUUUUUUAUAUAUACAUUGAAUUGGGUUUCAAAUAAGUUGGUACUUUAGGAACUGAUAUUGUGUAUUAUACAACCGUUCCAGUUGAAUCUGAUUGGGCGAGCAGUAUUCUAAGAGUGCUUAUAUACAGUCCAACAGCACUGGGACGCUUCAUACCCAAAGUAUACUUCAGUCAGACGCAAACAGGACGCAUGACACAAAUCUCGUCAUCAGCAGAGUGCUCGAGCACUGAACACGCGCAACCUAAUUUUUCUAACCGCUCGGCUUUGUACGAGCAUAAUGCACAUGCACCUGGAAUUAUAUGCACUAAUUAGUGGGCCCCCAGGGGUGGCGACACUCACAUUUGAGCUGUUGCUGUCACAAAGAAGUGCUAGAAGAUGAUGUAAUUACUGGUUAACAACAGGAGACGAAGGUAAAAACAACAACAGUGGAUGUGUAUGUCAAGAACGCAUGUGUGAGGAGGUCAAGGGAUACCUGCACUUGUUUAACUCCAGUCUGAAGGAAUAUAAAGACAUCUUUAUGCUUCUAAACUCCUGAAGAGAAAUAAGGUGUUUCGUAGUUGUAACAUGUAUGCACCAAACACCUGUGGAGUAUACAUUGACAGGCUCGCGUUCAACCUCUACGCAAACGCUGAGCGUUCGCGUCAGAAUCUAUGUAUACUUUGGGCUUCACUAUUUGCAUCCCUCUGCAUCUGUGUUCGUGGCUUUCAAAAUAGUGGUGGGGAAGUUGAUUCAUUGUUCAUUUUGAUUUAAUUUCUAGACAUUGCAUAUUUACUCCAGUAGGUGGCCACAAAUUAGCAUCUUUUAUGUAAUGAGCAGGUCCAAAUGGAAUCUGCAAAAUUUCUUGCCAUUUUAUGUGCUGCUUUUGUUGGAAAUUCUGCGGAAUGGAUGUAAACAUGGUAAAAUGUCUUAAACUGAGUUUUAGUGUACUACAGUUGUAAUGGUUGCUGGCUGACAGUAUUAUCAAAUUAUCUAAACUGUAAUAAACACGCAAGGUGCAUGGGACGAGUGGAAAAUUGUGAAUGGUGGGUAUCGCAAAUUUGUGGAAAUCUGAGUUUUCUGCAGCCUUUUGUGUGUGCAGAUUCCAUAUGGGCCCAGCUAUUCAAUCAUUGACUAAACUGAUUUGUUAAAAAACAAGAGUCGUUCACCAUUGCAACAUUAAAAAUGAACAAACGAUUAAUUCACUGUAAAGAUUUGUUCAGAAACACAACUAUUUUUGCUGGUGGUGAAGAAAUGCAUGAACUAACUGGCCAAUUUUUUUGUCUGAAAUGCAAGUUAUUUGAUGUAAUUUACUUGUUUAACUGUUGUAUAAGAGCAAUAUCAUUACUUAAAGUUUCACUCAGUAUUUUUUACUGCAUUAAGUUGUACUUUUAGUUGUAUAAAAUCAUACCAACUCUUAUGAGAUGAAGACUACAGUCAUUGAAGUAACCUAUAAAAGCUGUUUAAAUCUA